GUUCAGAAGACUGAAGACCUUCGUGGGUUGCAAAUCGCUUUCCGGAAUUUCGGCAAGGAGUAAUCCAGAAUCGAGAUCAGGAUGAGGCACAACAUGGUGGCGCACUUGUACUGCCUGGUGCGGGAUCUGUACGCCGAGCACGGGGAUCCCCGGGUGGCGCAUCUACCGCUCCUGGGCAACCUAUGGAUCGUGCUGGCCAUCGUGGCUCUGUACGUGGCCUUUGUGCUCCACUAUGGACCACGGUGGAUGGAGCACCGUGCUCCCUUCGAGCUGAAGCGGGUGAUGCAGGUGUACAAUGUGGUGCAGGUGCUGGCCAAUGCGACCAUAUUCUUCAUUGGCCUGACCAACACCUAUCUGCAACCGGGAUACAGUUGGACCUGCCAGCCAGUGGAUCACAUAGACACCUCGCCGGCAAUGAUGAGGACGCUAUACGCAUCUUAUGCCUACUAUAUGCUCAAGUACCUGGAUCUACUUGAUACGGUUUUCAUAGUGCUGCGCAAGAAGAAUUCGCAGGUGAGCUUCCUGCAUGUUUAUCACCACGGCGGCAUGGUCUUCGGGGUGUCCAUCUUCAUGACCUUCCUAGGCGGGUCCCACUGUACGAUGCUCGGCGUUAUCAAUCUUCUGGUGCACACUGUAAUGUAUGCCUACUACUUUGCCGCUUCCUUGGGCGCCGUGAAGAACCUGCUGUGGUGGAAGCAGCGGAUUACGCAACUGCAGCUGCUGCAAUUCGGCUACCUCACCUUUCAUUUCCUGCUGGUAAUCGUCCGGAAUCCCUGCCAGUUCCCCGUUUUCAUUGCCUUCAUCGGCUUCAUCCAGAACAUCUUCAUGUUCUCCAUGUUCUUCGAUUUCUAUUACAAGGCCUAUGUGCGCAAGCAGCGAAAAUCGUUGGAGACCAAGCUGAAAACCAGCUGAGCUGCGAUAGAACAUAAGGUUCAAGUUCACGCUUCGCCAUUUCCAUAUUAAAUUGUAUAAUAAGUUGGUCGGUCGCUUAUGCAAAUAGGCCCCAAUCGAAACCAAACUGCCUGGUAUAAAUAAACAUUCGGAUUGAGUCCCAACCCCUCCACUACAUUGCCACCAAAAAA